UCCAUCUAUCGUAAAAUUCCAAGUGAAAAAUUAGACGGCCAGACGGACACGGGGGAGAUUAUACCUACCUUGCACGCCCCGGCCUAUCGCCUGCCAGGCUUCCCGAUCAAGAGAUACCUUCCUCCUGCGACCACCGAACCACUCGCCCUUUCAGCUCCUCCUCCUUCUCGCCCUCUCUCGCGGUCCUAAUGCCCGUCGCCAUCACCAGCUCAGCAUAAUGCCGGAGCGGCCGUUGCUGUCCGCAAAGCCGUCCCAGCACGCCCCCCCUGCCCCGGUGGUGAGUGGCGGGCGGCCGAAGAAUUCCGUGUGGGCGUGGGGGGUGCAGAAGAGGAAGUCCGUGUCCGUCCAAGGAGACGAGAGGAGAGGAGAGGAUCGGCCGAGGCUUUCAUGAAGGACCUGGUGUCGUGCUUCAGCGAGCACGCCGUGCGGAUCUCCGACGUCGCCUGCUCCGGCGCCGCCAAUGCGGCGGCGGGCGCCCCGAGCCUCGCCGGGGGAGGCGGAGGCAGGCCGGCGGCGGCGGUCAGCGCGGUCACCACCGUGUACCGGUCCCGGCUCUCGGCGUCCGGCAAGGAGCUGCUCCUCGAGGUCACGUGGUCGCGGGCGACCGACGGUCCCGCGCUCUCCGUCGCCGUCCACGAGGCCACCGCCGCGCCGCGCCACCGCGCCGCCGCCGCGCCGCGCCACCUGCACAAGAAGAAGGGGAGCGGGACGUUCACGGCGGGGAGCUGCGUGGUGGGCGUCUUCUGGGACUACGCCGCGGCGCGGUACGCCGCCGGCGGGGCCGGGCCCGAGCCGGCCUCCGGGUUCUACGUCGCCGUCGUGGCGGACGCAGAGUUCGUGCUCCUGCUGGGCGACCGGAGCCGCGGGUACGUCGAGCGGCUGCACGGCGGGAUACCGAUCGCGGGCUCCCGGAUGGCGCGGCGCCGGGAGCGGUUCGUCGGGUGCGGCUGCUGGUCCACGAGAGCCCGGUUCCUGGAGGCCGGCGCGGAGCACGAGAUCGGCGUCGUGGUGCUGGACGGCGACGCUGAGGCCUGGGUCACCGUGGACGGCCGCAAGGUGGUGCAGCUCCGCCGGCUGCGGUGGAACUUCCGCGGCAGCCACACCAUCUUCGUUGACGGCGGCGCGCCGGUGGACAUGACGUGGGACCUGCACGGCUGGCUAUUCCACGCCGGCGCCGAGCCGCCCCACGCGUCCUCCUCCUCCUCCUCCUCUUCCGCCACCUCCUGCGCCGUGUUCACGUUCCAGGCGCGCGGCGCGUCGGAGACAAGGCUGUGGACGGAGGACGACGACGCCAGCGCCGGCGAGGAGCUGGAGAAGCCGGCAGCUCCGGCGAGCGCCCGGCGACAGAAGCCCGGAGGCGGAGGGGCAUCGGGGCAGGGGUUCUGCCUGCUGAUCCAAGGCUUCAGGGGCUUUUCCAAGAGCACUUAACCUGUACAUGCCGUUAGAGACUUUCCAUCGCCAUUUUUUUUUCACUUCCUUCUUCUUGAUUUGUGUGCUUGGAAGAAUGGAUUAGGAUCGGCCUGCUGCUGGUUGACCACUUGUUGAUUAAUCCGAACAUGACAAGUGGUGUGUGAUUGUGAAUGGUAGCGUAGGAGAGAGGCUGACAUACGGAAAGAGAUGCUUUCGUUUCAGUUUGCUGCGUCGCUGUCCUGAUUAGUGAUUUCACACGACAUGACUGUAACAGUGUUCUGCAAGUGACUUGUCAGAAAUACAGGAUCUUUCUUACCUUCUUUCACAAA